CUCAUGUAAACAAACCUUCGUCAUUAAAAAUGUGAGGUUAAGAGAGUUUACAUGACUUCUGUCACUGUCAUCUGUCAGUUGUCCAAAAAACGUGGUUAUGUGUACUGGCAUUUUUACCUCAAUUCUCGUUAUAAAUAGUGGUAAAUUCAAUAAAAUAAGAAGUUUAUAAUAAAUUAUGGAUAUUUCAAACAAAUACUAUGUUUAUGUCGGAACCACACACGGAGUUUUGCAACAAACGUUUUGUAAGGCUGAUGAACAACCAUCUUACUUUUUACCCGAACAACAAUCUGAGAUAACCGCUCUCGAAUGGGGUAGAUCUGCGGACGAAAUAAUCAUAGGUUACAAAAAUGAACAUGUCAGUCUUUACAAUACAAAUGAAUGCAAGUAUACAAAGACCAUAACCAAAUUGGAGGGUGAAGGGUCAAUUGUGGGUCUUUCUCCGAUAAAUAAAUCUAUAAUAAUCGCAAAACACGAUGGUGUAAUUACUAUUUGGAGUGGGAAAAAAUCAGACUAUUUUUCAAUUAAUUUGGACGAGAAGGGAACUCUGGAUGCAUUUCUUCAUAAUAAGAACCGGGAGGAGGUUGUAGCAACAGGGGGUGAAUGUAACGAUUUCAAGUUGUGGCACGUUGAGACUAAACAGUGUUUAUUUAAGGCUAAAUCAUUGGGUCAUGAUGAAUUAAAUUUACCAAUUCCGACGUCAAUUAGAGGUAUAACUUGUUUGCCCGAAAACGAAAAAAUAAAUGCUUGUGCAACUAAAGAAGGUCAUGUUUUGCUAUACGAUGAAAGAGCACAAAGGCGACCUGUUGUAAAAUUUUUAGAGAAAAAAGCGAGUUAUACUUGUAUAUCAACUGCCUACCGAGAGAGACAAUGUCUGGUGGGUACAACAAGAGGAUACAUGCAAUUAUUAGACUUGAGAGCUCCAGGAAAAUGUUUAAAAACCUUCACAACAUUUACAGGAAGUGUUACAAGUAUUGUUUGUGACCCUGUGGAGCCACUUGUAGCAACUACAAGUCUAGACAGAUUUUUAAGGUUUCAUAAUCUGGAAACCAAAGAAUUAGUUUACAAGGCUUAUUUGAAACAAAAUUUGACGAAAAUUUUGAUGAAACCUUUAGUAAAAGAAGAACAGGGACCUGGUGAAGAAAAUAGAAAUGAAGAACCAGUUGAUGAAGAAUAUGAAGAUAUAUUUAGUAAAAUGGAAACUGUGACAGAAGAGACUAAGAGAAAACGAAAAACUGAAUCUGAGAAAGGGCUUAAAAAGAAGAAAAAGAAAGUUAAGGAUGUUCAAUGAAUAUUUCUUCUAUAAUAAUUUUUAAUAAAUGAUUUUUUCUA